AACGCAACGAUUCAACCGUCGUCAAAGUCAAACGUGAACUUUUGAAAUACUUUAAAAGAAGCGCUGUAAUAUUGUGGUUUAUUUUGAAUAUCGAGUCACUUUUUUAGUGUUGACGAUGGCAGAUGUGGACGAAAUUAUUGAUUACAUAAAAUCGCUGAAGAAAGGAUUCGAUAAAGACUUGUUUCAGAACAAAAUUGAUGAAUUAGCAUACGCUGUUGACACAACUGAAAUACUUUACAAUGAUUUUCAUACUUUGUUCAAAGUUUGGUUGAACUUAUCUAUUCCUAUAUCAAAAUGGGUAAGCCUGGGUGCUUGCCUUGUGCCACAGAAUGUCGUUGAAGAUCGAACUGUGGAGUAUGCUUUGAGUUGGAUGCUUUCUAAUUAUGAGGACCAAUCCACAUUCUCUCGAAUCGGAUUUUUAUUAGAUUGGCUUACAGCUGCAAUGGAGUGUGAAUGUAUUGAAAUGGAGACUCUGGACAUGGGUUAUGAUGUGUUCUAUGUCAGCUUGACUUAUGAGACUUUGACUCCUCAUGCAGUGAAACUGGUGUACACCCUGACAAAACCUGUUGAUGUUACAAGGAGGAGAGUUCUUGAAUUACUUGACUAUGCCAGGAAGAGAGAAGCUAAAAAGAAUAUGUUCAGACAACUUCAAGUUCUUCUGGGUCUCUUCAAAUCCUAUAAACCAGAAUGUGUGCCUGAGGAUAUACCUGCUAUCUCCAUCCAUGCAGCUUUCAAGAAGAUCAACCCAGAUCUUAUGGCAAGAUUCAAGAGGAAUCAGGAAAGCAGGAACUCAGUCCGCAGAGACAGACAUCACUUAACAUGGAUUAAUCCUAUUAAUUCUGACCGUGGACGAAACAAGAAGGUAGAUCCAUUAGUACCAAAUGUUGAGUUUUUGAACAUUGGCUCAAAGCAGUAUGCAGAAAAAGAACAUCAGAAGAAUUUCUUAGAUUUCACAGACCCAGUAUCAGUGCUGCAGUGCAGUGUCCAGCGUUCGACGUCCCGGCCGGCUCGGAUACGCGCACUAUUGUGUAACGUGACCGGCGUGGCUCUAUUGGCCGUCGCCUCUCACACGGAACAGGAGUUCUUGUCUCAUGACCUCCAUCAUCUGCUUAAUAGCUGUUUCCUGAACAUAUCACCACACAGUUACAGAGAGAAGCAGGACUUGCUUCACCGUUUAGCAGUAUUGCAGCAUACUCUCAUGCAGGGGAUACCAGUCAUCACAAGGUUCCUGGCACAAUACCUGCCUCUGUGGAAUGAGAGAGAUUUCUUUGCAGAGAUCCUGGAGCUGGUGCAGUGGGUGAGCGUGGACAGCGCCGAGGUGGUGCAGGGCGUGGUGGAUCCCCUCGAGGCCGCCUACCACCGCGCGCACUCUAUGCAGCAGUGCGCCAUACUCAGGAGUCUCAACCAUAUGUACUGUAAUCUGGUAUACGCCAGUACUAGAAAACGCUAUCACUUCAUGGGUACGCCGCCGUCGCCUCAAGUGUACGCCCAAGUACUGCCCCAAGUAGCCACCGCCAUCAGUGACAUGUGUGAUAAAGAACUACAAGUCAAUCCAGAGCAAAUGGUAGUGGUGCAGAGUACGGUGGGCGGCGCCGCUGGGCGCGCGCGGGGCGAGGCGCGCGGCGGGGCGGCGGCCGGCGCGCUGGCGCCCGCGCUGGCGCUGGCGCUGCCACUGCUCGGCGUCUCCGCUGCAUUGCUCGACUCUGUCGCAGAACUCAUGAUACUGUACAAAAAAAUAUUUACUACAGCCAAACAAUCAAACGUGAUAAUGAACAGCGACACUUUUGAGAAACAGAUGCAAGUACUAGAAGCGUAUACUUCAGAUUUGAUCAACUGUUUGUACAGCGAAGGCGCCCUGAGCGACAGAAACUUAGGGUUUGUAUUCAGCAAAUUACACCCUCAACUUGUUGGGAAACUUGGAUCGUUAAUGCCUGACGUUGACGCUAAGUUGAGUAUUAGAAACAGUAUAGCGUUCGCUCCUUAUACCUACAUACAUUUAGACGCUAUAGACCAUAGAGAUGCUGAUAAUAAGCUCUGGUUUAACGCAGUCAUCGAACAAGAGUUUACUAAUCUCAGUCGCUUCUUGAAAAGGGCUGUUACUGAACUGCGUUAUCAGUAGAAAGUGACGUGCUAAAGUUCCGUAAAUGUACAAAUUAUUCAGUGACUCUUACCACCGAUACUGAUAGUGCCAUGUAUAGGUUUGUUUGUGAGGUGAUUAUGGCAGAACCUCUUUGUAGAGGUGGCUCUGGCUUAUAGUCCUGACAGUGUAUUAUCACCUUUAUAAAUAAGGGUCAUCGUCCUGCAGUGGCCUGUCAUGGAUAUUUUUUUUUUGUUUCCGUCUCUUCGUUAGAUCCGCCUUGUCGUUCUCUAAUUAUGUAUAAGCUGUCUUUUUUGACAUGUCAUCUUGUAUCCAAUGAUAAAACCUAGCUUGGAACAGCUUAAUCAAAUAGCGUAGUGAUGUUAUACACAUAUAAGAGGUUCAGAGAUAAAUUGAUCAUAUCAUUGUUUUACUCUCUCUGCUGCAUAAACAAGUUUGUUUGAAAAUGUCGAAAUUCUAGAAGUAUGGGACUUGGUACUAACGUAUCCUGUCUCGAGGAUAACAUAUGAUAGUGACUGCACUAAUUAAAUGCAAAUUGUAUUUUAUACCAUAAUAGGGUAGUUUUCUAAAUUUUAUUUUAAUGUCCGUCUGAUACAACAAUUUCAAA